GCCCUCAGCGGGGCGGCCGGACCCCGCGUUGUGAGGCGGGGGGGCGGCCCUGGCCCCCAGGCCGUAGGGCAGGGCCUCAGAGCACCAGCCUGUGGCUCCGCAGCGUUUGUCUACAAGCACAAUGAGUGUUCAGAUUGUAAUUCUCUGCUGAAAGGCAUUACGUGCAGGGAAACUCAGACUGCAGUACGUUUAGUUUGGCUUGGUUUUUUUGUUUUUUACACUUUAAACCUUGCUUACAGGAGUGUCCGGUUUGGAUCUCGCACUUGUGAGGAGACUUCAGCUCGUAAUUCCAGGUGCUUUCCCCGAGUCUUCCUCUUCCUGAGACCUUUGGCAGGUCGACUGAGUGGAGUUCCUCUGAUUGUUUAUCAAGACACAGACUGCGUUUAGCAUAGAUCCAUUUGAUGGAUUCAUCACAUAUAACAGGAACCAAUUUAUGCAUUGUCCAAAGCUAGUAUACAACAUUGCAGUGCAGAGAGUCCGUGUGUUCGCUACAGACUUGGAACUAUAGCAAAAUGGAGAAAUCCAGAAGCAGUUCAAAAUCUCUGAAGGUGCAUGAAAUCCAACAACUACUUAGGCAUCCGGUGGAAGCAAGUGGGCAAUGUCUUGCUCCCCAGCCUGACAGACAUCAAUUUCAGGACAGAGGUCAUGAGAAUCUGGAUCAAGUUGCGUACACCUGGCAUCAAAGAAAAAGGUUAAAAGAAUUCCAAAUCAGAUAUCUAGCAAGGAAAUUCUUCUGUCUGUGGGCAAAAAAGACAUUUGGACAAAUUCUCCCUUCCAGAGCGAGAUGCUUGUAUGACCAGAAGAUUCUUCAAAAAACUUUUGGAGAGUGGAAGGAGUGGUGGACUGUUUGCAGGGAAAGGAAGCUCAGCCUCAGGGCAGACAGCCAUUACAGGCAUUUACUGUAUAAUUUGAUAUUCAAGGCUUGGAGAGCCUAUGUGUGCCGGCAACAAGGAAAGAGGAGCAAAUACUGUGUUGCAGAGUCUCAUGCAAAGAAGCAAAAGUUGCUCAGGACCUGGCAACACUGGCUGGUCUAUGUUGGUGUUCAAAGGACAAAACAUGGGAUGCAGUCUGUGGCGCUGGCAUUCAGGGAAAGAAGCUGCUUGCGCAUAUCGUGGGCAGUGUGGAGAAGACGGCACUACCAGAAAUGCACUGGGCAUAAAAUGAAUAUUUUGGCUCUGCAGCAUUGGGCCCAGAGUCUGCAAUUUCGAGCUUGGUUGCAGUGGCGAGAGCUGUAUUUAUACAGCCAGCGUGACAAGCAGAAGGAGACUAGGGCAGUAACUCACCGUCAGCACUGUGAACUGAAGAGAUGCAUGGAAGCAUGGCUGGGAUACUUAAACUUCCACAGAGCAAAGAAACUUCAGAAUGCGCUGGCCCAAGAGCAUUACCGAAGCAGGAUAGUCUGGCAGUAUUUCUCUGAUUGGCGGCUGUCAUGGGAAUGCAGGAGAAGACUGCGUGCACACCGAAAGGACAUGGAAAAGCUAGCAGCAAGGAUUGCCUUACGGAGAGUCUUUGCACACUGGAAGCAUUAUGUUGUGCUGUGUGUGGAAGAGACUCAACGGUGUGAGCUGGCUGAAAAACACUACAAGUGUCAUCUGUUGAAAUUUGGAUUUAAGGGUCUUUGGCAGAAUGUCAUGAACACUCGUCUUCAGCAAAUGAGAAAAAAUCUGUCAUACCGUCAGCAUCAAGUUACUGUGCUGCAGAAGUUCUGGAAUCGUUGGAAGUCUCGUUUGGAAGAGAAGGAGGAAAAAGAGCAGCAAGCCUUAAUGUCAGUGGCUCAUGCUCGUUAUAGGAGGGUGUUGAUGAGACAGGUAUUUGACAUGUGGUUGCUGAACACCUGCAAGCAGCAAGAAUACCGAAUGGGAGAGAAGAGGGCUGUGCUUCAUUUUGAAAGGCAGCUAUUGCGUUGCUUCUGGUGCUUCUGGCGUAGAAGAACCACUGCACGUUUGGAGGAGCAAGAGGGCUUGGUUUGUGCAAGAGAUCACUACAGUAGCUUGCUGCUGCUAAAGGCUUUCUGUCUGUGGAAGCAAAAUACUCAGGAGAGAAAAACAGAGAGGCUCAAGGAGGUGCAAGCCUUAAGAUUUCACGAUUCAAAAUGUCUGCAGCAGACUUGGAACAAAUGGAGGGAGUACAUGGGACAUCAGCGUGAGAAAUGGAGGAAGCUGGUGCAAGCAGACACGCACUAUCAGCACACAUUACUGGGCAAGACCUUGAGAGCCUGGAAGAGUUACCAACAUAAUGUACAGUGCAUUCUAUACCAGGUAGCUGAAAAGGAGAAACAGCACACCAGACUACUGCUGCGACAGCUUCUGUGUACAUGGAGAGAAAAUGCUCUUGCUCUCAUAUGUGAAGCUAAGGCAACUACUCUGGCAGAUGAGCACUACAGGAGAGCAAUCCUGUCCAAGGUGUUGCUACAGUGGAGAUAUGCUGCCUUGCUACAAGCGUGUUGCCGUAAGCAGAAGGCGAUAGCUGUGAUGGAGGCUAGAAAACAUUUGGAUAUAGUGCGUUUACAGACCCUGUUUCUUCACUGGAAGGAAUUAACUAGGGAGUCUCUGAUGCUGAGGGCACAGCAGCACAGGGCAGUACAGCACCACAAGCAGCACCUGCUCCGCAAGUACCUGGCGGAAUGGAAGAAAUAUCAGCAGCAGUGUCUUGAGAAAAUGCUACUACAGAGACAGGGAGAUCAGCUAAUGACUCGCAGACUUUGCUCUGCUUCCUUUUCUUGCUGGAAGACACAGCUGUUGCAGCAGCGAUGGGAAGAGCAGAAGACAGUGCAAGCAUUGUGGCACUGGUCCCUUUCAUUGCAGAGAAAGGUGUUUGGUGCUUGGCUCAGAUUUGCUAAGGAGCAACAGCAGAAGGAAGAUCGCACUGAGAAACCCACAGGAGCUCACCACACUGCGCUUCUGAGAGAAGGUGUAACCCGGGUCUUGAGAUAUACCACUAGCGUGAAACAGUUGCAGGCACAACUCCAAGGCCAGCACCAGCUGAAGGCAGCCUACAACCUUCACCAGUCAGUGUGUCGUUGUGCCAUGCUGUGGAAACAGAAGGCUCUCUCCAAGAAGUUAAAUAAGCCUUGUUCUUUUCUGCCAUCUCUGAAGAAGCGAGGGGUGUUUAAAACACCUGAUGUUAGCCCUGGGGCAAGAGGGCAUUCAGCAGAGGAAGAGCCGUGGACUUCAAAAUGUAGUCAUCUACCGUUUCACCCUGCUGGUGGGGACUCUGUUCUUAGUGAUCUGAAUGCUAUUCGACGAGCAAGGUUAGCACCACAGAGGCCUGACUUCCUUCUGGAAUCUCUAGAAAGCAAAGAACUGCUGGCACAUCCUCUAAUGAGGUCAGAGGCGCCCUUUCAGCAAACACCUGCGAACAGAUGUGCUGCCCAGACUGGGGACUUGGUGGCAGCACCUCGGAUGGAAGAAAGUACCUGUAAAUGUCUAUCUCAGAUGAGCAAUACCGCUCAUUCCUGUCCAUCUCUCAUACGUGCUGCUCCCCUGUCGGUACCGCUGUGGACACACAACACGCACCAUACUGCUGAGAGGCCAGAGCCGUGGUCUCCUUCAGCUUUUGUGCCCCAAAUGAAAGCUGGAGCAGGAAUGAGAGGAGGUCAGCCUGCCAGUGGUCACGCAGGAGCCUCUUCCCAAGACUAUCAACAGGCCUCUGCGGAGAAGUGGCGACCACACUUGCAGCCGCAUUUGCUGUCACCUGAAGACUUGGUGGGAAAAUGGAGUCACCAGGCUGCAGCUGAAGGGGAGGAAAGCGAGCACUGUCCCAGGCAAGAACCGGUGUCGCAGAGAAAGCUGGAAGUUGAACUCCAGUGCAUCCAGCAGCAGAUGCAGUACUACUUCAGCAGGAAGCAAGAACUCAGGUCCUGUUGGCAGCAGGCACGGAUUCUACAGAAGUGGCUAGAAACAAGCACGCAACCAGAGGAUCAAGAUGGUGUGCAAGGAGUUCAGGAAGAACUGGAACAGCUGCAGGUGAGGAUCGACACUCUCACCAAAGCACGACUGAAAGAGAGACGUCACGUGCAGGACCUGGUUGCCCGCCUGCGUGACAUCCAGACUGCUCUGGGUACAUAAUCCAUUUCAACCCAUUUUUCAGCUCACGGGAAGGACUUUUUGCCCCUUUUGUAGCAGGGGAGGAUGGAAGAGAUGUAUACAUUCUCUUAGCCUACAUAUGCCAUUUUUCUUUUAUAAAUGAACUUUAAUAUU